AUUCAUCUCUCUUCUCUCAGCUCAGACCCUCACCAAAUUCAGACAAACCAACCCACAACCACUCUCCCUCCUUUUAACAUUUUCCAUUCCCACACUCUCCUAACACCACACCACUAUGGCUACAGCUACAAACUUCCACGUUUUUCUUGCCUUUACCGCCAUCUUCGCUCUUCUUUCCCUCGCAGCCACCGCAACAACGAUAGCCACCAAGGAGAGCGUCUACGACCUUCUCCCCAAGUACGGUCUCCCCAGUGGUCUGUUACCGGACUCCGUCACCGACUACAGCCUCUCCGACGACGGCAGAUUCGUCGUCGUUUUGGAUCAGCCCUGCUACAUACAGUUCGAUUACCUGGUCUACUACGAGACCAAGAUCACCGGGAAGCUGAGCUACGGUUCCAUCACGGAGCUCAGCGGUAUUCAGGUUCAGCGGUUCUUCAUUUGGUUCAAUGUUGACGAGAUCAGAGUCGAUUUGCCUCCCUCCGACAACAUCUAUUUCCAAGUUGGAUUAAUCAACAAGAAGCUCGACGUUGACCAGUUCAAGACCGUUCGUUCUUGCCGCGAUUCCCUCACCGCUUCCCCUUGCCACGGAACUAAAACCCCUUCCUCUUCCUUCAAGCUUCCUGCAGCGGUGGAUGAAAUUCCUAUGCUGCUCACAGAGUAGAUGCUGCUUUAUACUUGAUACCAAGUGCUAUCUGCCAUAAUGAAAUGACGUUUUUAUAUGUCAUUGUAAUAAUAGCCAGCUUAUCUUUCAAGAUACAAGACUCACAAUCUCGAGUCUUGUGAUCUUC